AUGCUUAAACUUUUCAUCUUUUUCGUCGUUUGCCUCGAGGCGAUUUGGGCUCUUCCACCGGGGUGCAUGAUGCAGACUUGUGUCACCCAAUCGCUCACCGAUUUUAAGACGGUUUCCACUAGAGUGAAAGAGAUUUGUGAUGGAACAAAAGAGAAACCAAUCAGUGAUUGUCAUCAAUGUUGUUUGGCUGUCAAAGAAGAGAAACAAUUCAAUGGGCCACUAAUCAACGACAUGCUCGUCUCGGGAAAACACUGCAAUUGCUGUUUCGCCAACAAGAAUUGC